AUGAAGAUUCCAAUCGUCUUUAUUCUCUUGUCAUUUCUCAUUGUCCAAUCAAAAUCUGAUCUACAUGCUGAACUGGAAUUGGUGAUUUUUUGGUCGCAUUUGGAAUGGCUCUCUGAGAUGGGUAAAAGUCAAUUUCAGGAAAACAAGUGCAUUCAUGGUGAAAUGUACAUUUCGAUGAGGGGUGAAGAUCGUCAAAAAGUCGUCUAUCGCGAUGUCUUUCACUACGCCGGCUGCACGACUAAGGUGGGACCUGAAAAAUGCAAACAAAAAAAGAAAUUGUUAUACCUGUUUUUUUUGUAACGAUUGCGCUCCAGCGAACAAACUUUGAAUGAUUGCAUAUCUUGGUUUCAAAAAACCGGACGCUUCUGAGCAGUUCUAGGGGUCACUUAAGAGAGGGCUGAAGCUACUAAAGUGGUCACUUAAAAUGUCCCGAUCGUUUCGCGUUUUCAAUCUCGGACCGAAUCAUUUUGAGUGACCACUUUAGUAGCGUCAGCACCCCUAUAGAUGCCCCGAAACACCGGUUUGCAUUACCAAUCUCGGAAAUCAAAGCGUUUCAAGUGACCACUAUAGUAGCGUCAGCACUCACUCUUAAGUGACCCCAAAAAUUGCUUAGAAUCGUCCGGUUUUCGUUUGUUUCGAAGUCCAGAAAGACGUGAAUAGAACCUUUGAAAAACAUGCUCCUUUUUUGGCCCUUUUUUAAGAAAAAAGAAGGAGCCGUUUGUACUCUGCCCGUGUUGCUGAGAGUUGAAUAAAACAUGAAACUGACGAGUUUUUACAAAAUAAAAUUUAAAAAAAACUUGAUCUUUUGUAUUUUUCCCAUGAUUCUAUCUCAUUUUCUUCAUGAAUACAUAUUUCUCCAGCGCCCCCAAUGUGCAAUGAUCAUAACGAACCGCAACAUGUACAAUCAGUCUCUGAAUGACGUCACUGUUGCGGUCACCUACAAGUGCGCGACGAUGAGGGAAAUGCCGUCUAAGUGUAUCGUUGCCAGUCAGUUAUUUUUUUUUGGAAAAAAUCGCCUCGGAAAAUAGCUACUUUUAUGAAGUGCGCUCUAUUGAUAAUUGUCUCAAUUUUUUUUAAUUUCGUCCAUUUUUGAAUUUUUACAUCAGAAAAUCCACCUAAAAAGUUAUUUUUUCCUUCCUGACAAAAAUAGCCUCGAAAAAAUAGCUGCUUUUUCAAAGUGCGCUCUGUUAAUAAUUGUCUCAAUUUUUCCAAAUUUCGUCCAUUUUUGAUUGAUUAUGACAGAUAAACCCGGCUAAAAAAUUCCUUUUUUUCUUUCCUGACGAAAAUCGCCUCGAAAAAAUGGCUGCUUUUUCCAAGUGCGCUCUAUUGAUAACCGUCUCAAAUUUCGUCAUUUUUUUGAAAAAAAUUUGAAAGAAAAAAACCACCUAAAAAAAUUAAUUUUUUUCCUCCUUGACAAAAAAAUCGCCUCGAAAAAAAUAACUACUUUUUUUCAAAGUGCGCUCUAUUGAUAAUUGUCUCAAUUUUUUUAAAUUUCGUCCAUUUUUGAAUUAUUUUGACAGAGAACCCAGCUAAAAAGCUAUUUUUCCCUUCCUGACAAAAAUAGCCUCGAAAAAAUAGCUGCUCUUUUGAAGUGCGCUCUAUUGAUAAAUGUCUCAAGUUUUCUGAAUUUCGUCGUUUUUGAAUGUUCAUAACAGAAUAUACACCUAAAAAGUUAUUUUUUCCUUCCUGACAAAAAUCGCCUCGAAAAAAUAGCUGCUAUUUUGAAGUGCGCUCUAUCGAUAAUUGUCUUAAAUUUCCCAAAUUUCGUCCAUUUUUGAAUAUUUAUAACAGAAAUAUACAGCUAAAAAGCCUCUCACCCAAGAAAAAACCGCCAGAAAUGAUAGCCUUAAUAUUUUUACGCAUGGUUGCUCUACUGAUAAUCCAAUGCAAUUUGUUCAUUUUGUCUCUUUAUCCGACAGAGAAACUGAAGGAAAUCGUUUCAAAAACAGCAAAGAGUAAUAAAAACAUGGCAGUUGAUUUCUUGAGGCGAAAUAUUUUCCAGUUAUGGUCUUUGAUCGUUUUAUUCAAUUUUUUUCAUUUUAGACCCGGCCGGAAAUAUUUUUCCGUAUGUACAGAACGAAGUGACGUACUUGUGUCCUCUGAAUCAUCGCUGGCAAUUGGUUUUUCUUUUUUUUUAAUUUCAAGGUCCUACUUCCACAAAAACCUCUGAAUUUCAUGUACGAUCCUGAGAAAACGAAAUUUUCUGUGUUUUUUUAAAACUAGGUCUUGGUCGGUUUAGCUGUCCUAUAGGAAAAAUCUAAAUUUUCACGGCCUAAAAAAUAAACCCUGACAUUUUAUUCAAUCCUGGCUCGCUUUUGUGAUGAUUUUUGCAUGACCGAGUUUUCCAAAUAUUAACAAGUUGGUGACCUAGAUUUCCAAAUAGGUCCAAUUUGGUAUAUAACUUGAAAAAAUAUUUUUUAAUUUUGUUCACAAUAAAUCCUUAUUGAUAGAGUUUUUUAAAAGGCGAAGUAAAAGGGCCUUUCUUUCCAAGUGUCCAAGUAAAUCUUGGUCGAUUUUAGCUGUCCUGAAGGGGUUUCGAAAACUGCGAAUUUCCACAUUAUCUCUUCUAAAAAAAGUUAUUUCAUUAGAAUCGUUGCAGGAUUUUCGAAAGCUAGAGUUUCCCUCCAUUUUUUGAUGAUUUUUGCAUGACCGAGUUUUCCAAAUAUCAACGAUUUGACGGCCUGGAUUCCCAAAUAGGUCCGAUUUUGAGUAUAGGACAAAAGCGCCGAUUCCAAGAGCGCCGUUCAAAUUUAGCGCCGUUCCGCAAUGCGCCGUCGCGUGUAUGCGCCGUGUAUGCAGACGCCGCUUUCUUUUGCGCCGAGUCCGUUUGCGCCAAAUCGUUUCGCGCCGUUAUUUCAAACUUUUAUUUUUUCGCUCUUUUUAUAUUAUUUUUAAUAAUUGUUUACUACACAUUAAUAUACGACUCGAAAAAUUUUCGCGCCAUCCGUUAAUGAUGAGUAUUAGGUCUACUUUGGAUCAGGUAAAAUAUUUUUUCCCCUUUUUUCUUUUCAAAGUACAAAUAAAAAAGCAAAUAUGAUCCCCUGAUUCCGAAAAAUACAGAAAACGAAAGGAAAAGAGAAUGGAUAAAAAAAAAUUAUUGCUUCAAACGACAUAUUGAGUGAUUUUUUUUUGUGGUCGCAAGUUUUCUGCGUUAGGUAAGGCAGAGUUUCAAUUCUAGUAGACGUGAAACAGCAGAAAAUCGUUUUUCGUAACGUUAAACUCAUUUUCUUGGAACAAAAGUUCGAGUUUUUUCGAAAAUGCAGCAGAAAAGUCCAUAUUAACAGAUGGCGCGAAAAUUAUUAGAGUCGUAUAUUAAUGUGUAGUAAACAAUUAUUAAAAAAAUAAUAUAAAAAAAGAGCGAAAAAAUAAAAGUUUGAAAUAACGGCGCAAAACGAUUUGGCGCAAACGGACUCGGCGCAAAAGAAAGCGGCGUCUGCAUACACGGCGCAUACACGCGACGGCGCAUUGCGGACUGGCGCUCAAUCUGAACGGCGCUCUUGGAAUCGGCGCUUUUGUCCUGCACUCCCGAUUUUGGUAUAGGACCUUGAAAAAAAAAUUUAUUAUUUUUUUUUUCAACAAAUACUUCCUAAUAGAGUUUUCCUGAAAACGAAGUGGAAGGGCCUUAUUUUCCAAGUAUCCAAGUGAAUUUUGGUUGAUUUUACAGGGUGGCCAAUAAAUAUUGAAACGCGUUUGAAACGUUAUAACUUUCUCAAAAGUCAACCAAACACCACCAAACUUGGAACAAAUUUUAUUCAUACAAUAUAGAAACAAAAUUCAAGAAUAGUUUUCAAAACGUCCUCCUUUAGCUUUGAUAACGGCCUUCAGUCUCUUCGGCUACGCAUCGAUCACGGCACGAGGGUAGUCGUCGUCGAUUUCGUCCCAUUUCUUGAUGAGCGCGGUCUUCAGGGCUUUGAUACUUGGGUAGUUCUUAGAAGAGACCUUCUCGGUCAGAUAUAUCCACACGGCAUAGUCCAUCGGGUUGAGGUCGGGCGAGGAAGCAGGCCAAUCAGCAGCCGAGAUGAACUCGGAAAAUUGGCGCGAUACCACUCUUGAGUCCCUUUGGCGCGAUGAGCGGGGGCGCCGUCUUGCUGGAAGGUCCAUGGUCGGUUUCCGUAGUGAGAAUUGGCUCAGGGCAACACCCUCAACUUUAAAAUCUACUCCCAGUAGUAUACUUGGUUCACUUUGACUUCAGGAUCCACAAAAAUCAGCGGAGUUUUGCCGUCAGCGGUAAUUCCGGCAAAUCCACCACGGAAGCCGGAUGCGAAGUUUUAUUCAGAAUUUUUCCUUUUUCACAGGCACUCUGAUAGUCAGUAGCGAUGAUCCAAUGAUUUUGGCCUCCUUGUUCGCCUCCACAGUGAAGAUUUUCUCGUCGGUAAAUAGCGUCGUCAGAUGCGAGCCAUCUUUCGUGCCAGCGAGCAGCUUUCGAGCCUUUUUCAUCCGGAAUGUCUUGUUUUUUUGACUGAGGAAGGCUCCUUUCUGCAUACGGUAGGGAAUCAUCUUCAGCUUGUCCUUGACAAUAGUUCUCAUCGAUUCUCGACUCAUUUUGUAUUCUUUUGCCAUCUUUCUCACGCUUCUUUUUGGAGUGCGUCUGAUUUUCUCUCGAACGGCUUUGAUUGCUUCUGGAGUCGUGACGGUGACUGGACGUCCACUUCUUUGCAUGUCAUCUGAAGUACCGAGACGCCGAUAGCGUUGUGCAGUUCGAAAAACGAGAACACGAGACACUUUCAGCUUUUUAACGAUCUCUGAAUUCGUCAUUCCGUUUUUGACACAAUCAAUGAUUGCGGUAGGGUACGGAGAUGGGGCCACCAUUACCUGAAUACUGAAAAGUAUGAGCUGUAACUUCAAACACAUGAUAAGUGAGCAUGAAUGAACGAAAUAAACAAAAAAAUUCAAUAGCCAACCCUUUGUGCAAAAAGCAGCGAUCAAACAAAAAACGGUUUCAAUAUUUAUUGGCCACCCUGUAGUUGUUUUCUGGGGCUUUCAAAAAAUCCAAAUUUUCACGGCUUCACUUCGAAAAAAAAAUUAGCCCUGCAUUUCAUUCAAAUUUUUCAGAGGAUUUCGGAAGCUAGAGCUUACCUCCAUUUUGUGCUGUUUUUUGCAUGACCGAGUUUUCCAAAUGUCAGCAAUUCGACGGCCUAGAUUCCCAAAUAGGUCCGAUUUUGGUAUAGGAUCUUGAAAAAAUAUUUCGUCAUUUUUUUUUCAACAAAUUAUUUUAGGUAGACUUUUUUGAAGGCGAAGUAAAAGGCCUUUCUUUCUAAAUAUCCAAGUAAAUUUUGGUCGAAUUUAGCUGUCCUAAAGGGCUUUCGAAAAGUUCAACUUCCAUGUUUUCAAAAAAAAACUGCUAUUUUAUUCAAAUUUGUUAGAGAAGUUCAAAAAUCUAGAUCUUUAAUCGGUUUUGACCUGCUUUUCGGAUGACCUAGUUUUCCAAAUAUCAACGGCCUGACGAUCUUGAAUUCCAAAUAGCUCAAAAAAGCCUCAUUUUGAAGCCAAAAAUUUCAAAUAUCAUUGAAUUUUAUCGAUUUUUUUUACUCAGCACGCCCUCCGAACGCACCUCUCACUGGUGAAACUGUUCCUGUGGCAGUCGACGGCGCGAGAAAUGGCCCGAGAAACGGCCCGGGAGUCCUCCAGGAAGGAGCGGGAGCUGUGGGCGUUGUCCAAGGCGAAGAUGUGGGGCUUUGAGAGCAAAAGCGAGAGCAACCGGUACUAUGCCAUCCUUCUCGGCGUCCUCACCAUCGCCGCCAUCUACAAGUUCUUCCAGUUCUUCAACCAUGUCCGCCAUCAUGACUACAAGGAGGUUGGGACUUUUUUGGGAAAAGAAGCUAAAACUAGUAGAAAAUGGCUAUAGAGGGCCUUGAUAUCAAAAAAGCUCACAUUUCCUAGAAUUUCAUAGGCAACGUCGGAAGGACCCUCUAGGGACCCUUUGAGUGUCAAUUGUAGAUGCAAAAGGUUUCCAAUAACUGUUCCUAAACGGGUGGCAACGGUUUCCUUUUAACUGCCUUUUCACACCCUUUCAUCGGCCUUUAUUCACCUUUUUUGGACCCUUUUGAGAAACAAAAAAUGUUUAAGUUGAGAAUGUACUACAGUAAUAAAAUCGGAAAUCAUGAAUGGCCGAGCCUCUCAGCACCCUUUUUUCACCCUUUGUUCACCCCUUUUCCACCCUUUUUGGACCCUUUUGAGAAACACAACAUUUUUUAAUUGAGAAUAAUCUUUACCCGUGACUGUGUAUGCACCAAAAUGUGCUACCGUAAUACAAUCGAAAAUUAUCAAUGGCCGAGACUUUUAGUGCCCUUUUUGCGGCCUCUUCCUUUUUUCGUCUUUUUUCCCCCUUUUUAGAGGGUUUUCAGCCCACCAAGAGGGAAAGGCUCAAUAAAGGCCAUUUUGCACCCGUUUUCCGCACUUUCGACUUUGGCAGUGAUAGAAAUGUUCCUUUUAGGGUGACAAAGGCUCUUUUUUUGCCGACUUUUUGCGCCAUUUUAUCGGCUGUAAUGCAUCAUUUUAGCUCCCUCUCCCGUUUUACACCAUUUCUUAAGCCUUUAAAAUACCAGAAAAAAAAUGAAAGGCUCGAUAAAGGAACCCUUUUUGGUGCCUCUUUGCUGCCUUUAUUGAGCCUCUCCCUUUUAGCGGUCAUUAUCCACCAUUCCGACUUUGCCCGAGUUUAGAAAAAAAAAACAUUAGUUCGAUCUUGUAGAUGAAUCUCACCAAGGGAUUUGAUCGGAAAUCUUGUUGUUUUAUGAAAAAUUUGGAGAGAAUGGGUCAAAGCUAGUAGAAACGUACUGGGAAGGGCGAAAGUCCGAACGUAGCCAGAAAAAGAACCAUUAAGAAUUUUUCAAAUUUUCAAAACCCUGAAGUUCGGUCUACCCAUGUAUGGUUUUAGAGAAAAAAAAUGACAAAAAUCGAAAAAAAAAAACUCAGACCUUGUAAGUGCGAAUCGGACGUGUUGGGGCUUGUCUAGUGACCAUUUUAGGGGCGUCAGAACUCUUGAGUGAUCCCUAGAGUGCUCAGAAGCGGAGCGCGUUCGGUUUUCGUUACCAAAGUCCGAAAAGUUUGAAGUCCCGUCAAAAAAUCGUUUUGCAGUAAAAUUGCUCUAUAGCCAUUCUUCGUAAAACUCUUGUUUCCCUAGACGGCCUAAUUUUCGUAAACCCACCGAAUUUGGAAAGUUCAAACUUUUACAGAAAACCUUCGAAGAAACCCAGUCCUAUGAAUCGAUCGAAGAUGAAGGAAGGUCAUAA